AUGACGCGCGAGGCGCGAAACUGGAAGGGCAGGCAGAGAAAGGAGUGGAAGACGAGCGAAGAACGGGUUGACUUGGAGGUCGUGAACGGCGCAUCGCAUAAAGACGACGACGACAACCCGAGAAGAUCUGCCGCUAGUUGCACGAACGUGCGCGUCCGUCGCCCUGACCCGAAAACCGCCGCCUUCCGCCAAGACGGCAACGCCUCUACGCCAACGGACUACUACGACACCUUGAACCCGCGCCGCAAAGCGCGAACGCUACAGCCCGUACCAGUUCAUCGCUUCUUGCGGGCACAGCCCGACCGACCCAGUCCUCGGAUCCAAUCCUUCUUCCGAAGGUACGGAUCCAUUUUGCCCACUUGCCUUACCUACAUUGAUGCCAUUGACGAGAGGCUGUACACCUUGGAGACCUACUGCGGAUGGCGUGUACGGACCGACUCGAGAGCUGCGAAAACCGGACCCGGAUUUUCCAGGGCCGCUGAAAGCGCACCGGACGCCGCCCGAGCCGCGGCGCUCUACACGUACCUUUUCCGCAUCUCUGCCGUACUCAACCCACGAUCAUCAAUUCUAUUUGACAACAAUUCAAAUAUCUAUCUAUCUAUCUAUCUAUCUAUCUAUCUAUCUAUCUAUCUAUCUAUCACUCUGUUCAUAUCUAUCACAGUCUGUUCAUUUCUUUCUUUCUUUCUUUCUAUCUAUCUAUUAGAUUAUCUAUCUAUCUAUCUAUCUAUCUAUCUAUCUAUCUAUCUAUCUAUCUAUCUGUCUGUCUGGUUUGCAAAUAAAAUGUUCGGAAUAUUAUUGGGGAAUUAG